UGAAGUUUCGGAUUUACUUUUUCCAACGACUCCGGUUUUGUAAUUAAUGAUUUAUACUGAGUUUCUGGUUUGCGAUGGCGUCGUCCACUGCAAGGGCAUUUCAAACUGUGAAACCACAUAUUCCACUUAUAAGGUUUCGUGGUGGAAAUCUUACAAAAGCAGCCAACUCCACAGUACUGGCCUCGAGUAACCAGUCUACAACCGAGACUUCACCACCCACACCUAAAGUUACAAACAUUGCAGCCCCAGGAGCUACCCUAGAAUCCCACCAAUUAUCUAGAAAGUAUGCCAGAAUACCUUUAUCAAUAGAAGAAAUGGAAUAUAUACAGAGAGGUGGUCCAGAUUGACAAUGAAGAAAAGGAGCAAUAGAACUGUUUUGAAUUAUUGUAAUUAUGUGUAUAGUGUAUUAUGGCCAUGUUAACAAUAAAAAAAAAAUCUUCAA